GCCGCCGGCCUUGAGCGCGUAGUGUGCAGCAGGACAGUUCAGCUGAAGACUGCGCAGUCAUGAAACUGUUUGUAAACACAUUCAGCUUCGUCCAAAAGGAGGGGAAGGAGGGCAUAACUUCUCUAAGGCUAUAUAAUGUCUUUUUGUCACUUGCUAAGCUGGAACUGUCCCAGGACUGCUGUGUUUCACCACUAAAGCUGUUGGACCUCUCGUAAUCUGCAGAAUGGUUGGGCCAGCAGGACCCUCAAACAGAACAUCUGUGUAUCUUCCCCAUGGAAAGACCGUCCUCCCUUAAUUUUGUAUUUGGUUGUCCACAAACUGCGUUCAAGAGGUAGACAGAAUGCCGUGGCCUUUUUCAGAGUCCAUUAAGAAGCGGGCCUGCAGGUACCUGCUGCAUCGAUACUUGGGCAAUUUCCUGCAAGAGAAACUAAGUUUGGACCAGCUUAGUUUGGACCUUUACCAAGGCACAGGUUCACUUGCGCAAGUGCCUCUGGACAGAUGGUCACUGAAUGAGAUCCUGGAGUCGGUGGAUGCUCCUUUUGAAGUGAGUCAGGGCUUUAUUCAGGCAAUUUCCUUGACUGUCCCAUGGGCCUCACUGCUUCAGGACAAUUGUGCUCUGGAAGUGAAGGGCCUGAAGAUGGUUUUCAAGCCAAGGCCUCGUAUGACAUCUGGUAUGGAGCCUAUGUGCUGGUCUAGCUUCAUGACCAGUAGUAUGCAGCUUGCAAAGGAAUGUCUGAGUCAGAGACUCACUGAUGACCUGGGAGAGAGCUUCCAGCCUCUGGAGGGCCUAGAGAAGUUUGCUGAGACGAUAGAGACAGUUUUGAGAAGAGUCAAGGUCACAUUUUUGGACACAGUUCUCAGGAUUGAACAUGUUCCAGAGAAUUGCAAAACGGGUAUCGCCCUUGAAAUUCGGAUCAAUAGGAUGGUUUAUUGUGAUGAGGCUGCUGAAGAGGGUUCCAGUGUGAAUGUUCACCAGCCCACAACAUUUGCACAUAAGAACUUGACUCUGGAGGGUGCAAGUGUUUUCUGGGAUGAAUUUUCAGAGACCUCGCGUGCCAGCCUAAAAUCUUCCCCUACUCAAUCAGAGACUGAACCUAAAUUGUCUCCAAGUUGGAAUCCAAAAAUUAUCUGUGAGCCUCACCCUCAGUUCACAGAGCCUGUAUGUGCCAGCACACCAUUUGAACCUGUGCAGGUGGGCUGCCUCAGUGGCAGACUGGAGCUGUCCCUGGUGCUGAAACAGAAUGAAGCUAUGCCUGGAGCCAAGUUGGACAUUGAUGGACAGAUCGAUUCAUUGAUCAUGCUGCUCUCACCACGGCAAGUCCACCUGCUGCUGGAUAUGUUUGGAGUUUUCUCUAGUUCAGCAGGGCAGGAGUGGUCUGGACUGGCUAGGGAUAAAAAGAGUCGGCCCAUGCAGCAAGAAGAUGAGUACCGUCUCCACAUGGAGCUCAACCGCUGCUUAAAAAAAGAGCCAAUGAUUGCUGGCACAGAGCAGGACUUAUUUGAGAGUCAGAUCACCAGAACAGCAUCCAGCAGAGCAGAAGAUGUAUUUUUUUCCAUGGCUGACAUGGACAUGUCACAUAGUCUAUCGUCUUUGCCCCCUCUUGGAGAUCCACCCACCGUUGACCUAGACCUGUCUCUCAACAGUAACUACUCUGCUUCUCUGGGAGAGUCACCCUCUGGCAAUGCAGCUGCUGUCUGGGACGAGUACAUGGAUAUGCCUAAGCAGAAAGAGAAACCGCAAGAGACCCCAAUAUUCUCUAGAGACUCUCAGCUUCCACAUAAGCUGCUCAGACAGACCUCUCAUUUGUCUAAGGGCCACUGUGAUGAGUCUAGGCCUGAGCUGGUCUUCAGGCUGAUGGUGGGCAAUCUCUGCCUGUCAGUACUCCACAUUGACCCUCUCCCACCAUCAGACUCCACCCUCAGCCCUCUUGCACCAAUGGCCUCAGAGUUUUUCCGCACAUUGGCUGUUGAUAAACUCCAAGUAGGAGGGUUCCUACAUUCGCGAGCUGUUUUUGACCAGGCCUGUCCACAUGACCACCUCAGGUUUAUAGGUCAGAGGUUAAAGGUGACAUAUGAGCACUGCCAGGGCUCCAGUCUGCACUCACUCAGUACAGAUCUGUCACUGAGCCAUAUGGAGCUGCUGGAAUGUCUCUACCCAACAGAGAACCUAAGUACUAUUAGCACGCAGAGUGGAGUACAGUACACAGAGCUUCUAACAUUUGAUGUGGAUACCAGCACUGAAUCUCCCACCCACCCCUGUCUUCAUCUGCUUUACAAGUUAACUGAGCGCAGAGGCCCACAGGGUGGGCAGGUGCGUCUGAGUGCUUUGCCUCGCAAAGCAGAGUUUCAGGUGGAGCUUGGUAAGGCUCAGUCAGAGUGUGACAUCAGCAUUGUAGAUCGCCUUAAUUCCCUGCUCCAGCCUCAGAAACUGGUCACUACUGAAGUCAUGUCCUCCCACAUGUACACUUCCUACAACAAGCAUGUCAGCCUGCACAAGGCCUUUGCUGAGGUGUUUCUCGAAGAUAGCCGAACCCCAGCGCACUGCCUGGUGUCUGUGUCAGUAAAUGCACCACAGCUGGUACUGAUAGUGCGGUUCCCCAUCCCAGACUUGCGGUCAGAUCAGGAGAGGGGGCCCUGGUUUAAGAAGUCCCUGCAGAAAGAAGUGCUGCUCCUAGAGCUGAAGGACCUGGAGCUCAAGACUGAGUUCACUGGAGGCAGCUCUCCAGAGCAGACCAAGCUGGAGCUCACAUUCAAGGAGCUCAGUGGUACAUUCCAGAAUGACAAAGACCGCUCUGCAGCAAGGUUCUUACGUGUAUCACACACAAUGGAGGAGAACAUGACCUCCUCUGACAGCGGCAAGUUUGAUUGGCCCAGAAUUGUGCUGAAGUUGAAUCCCAUGGCCGUGCACUCUAUCUUAGAACGCAUUACUGCUGAAGAAGAGGAGGAAGGUACUGAAGGACAUUCACAGGAGGAAGAAGAGGACGAAGAAGGAGCUGCCCACUCCUUGAAGGAUGUGUGUGAUUUUGGCAAACCUGAGCCAUCUCCCUUCUCCUCAAGACGUGUCAUGUAUGAGAAUGAGGAGAUGGUCAUCCCAGGAGAUGUAGUGGAGAUGAUGGAAUUCCAGGAAAAAACCAUAAGCAACUCCCGUUACAUCCUAGAGCUGUCUUUCCCCAAUGUGCAACUAUCACUACCCAAUAAAGCCUUCUAUGAGAAACUGCACAACAGGAUUAAUAAUGACUUGCUUCUAUGGGAGCCCACGGCUCCAUCUCCAGUGGAGACAGUGGAGAACAUGCCAUAUGGGAUGGGCCUCUCUGUAGCCAGCCAGCUCAUCAGCACGUACAGCAAAGACAGCUUCAGUCAGUUCAGAUCCACUGGACUUGAGGAAGAAGAUAGUGGCUCAGAAGAGGAAACACUACAGUACUACACUCCAGUUGAGCUGGGCUAUAGGAACAUGAGGAAGAGAAAGAAUAAGAUGCCGCCUAAGAACUCUCAGAGCUUGUUCUCUAUUCUUCUAUCUGUCAAUCACUGCCUGGUUUCAUUGCAUACAGAGGCUAAGCGAGAGAAUGAUAGCGUGUUGAACAAUAAGCAUGGAGAGUUCUGGAUGGAGUUGAAGAAUGGAGUUGUGUUCAAUGUGACUCAGUAUGAGGGCUAUAAGGACCAGCAUUACGUCUGCUUCCACACCUCCAGUAUCUGCCUCUAUCACCAUGGAGCAGUAGAUGGAGAUGUCCCCGUGUGGGAUGUAAAGCUGCCAUGCAGGACGCGACCUCAUUGGCUGGAGCCAGCAGUUUAUGCAUGUGAGUCUAUGGCUGAGAGAGCAUCUCCCUCUGGAGGGUUGAGUGUGGAACCCCACAGUAUGCUUGCCCUUGCCCUCAAGAUUUCCUCUCACAACACUGAGCGCAAUGUCAAGGAAUUCCUGAUUGCUGUUGGGGUUAGAGGAGCCACAUUGCAGCAUAGAGUGGUGCCUUCCAGUCUGGGCUGGUAUGAUCAGAUAGUUGAUUUUCUCAAUGUAUCUGAUGAACCUGUGCUUGGCUAUACACCUCCAUCCUCUGUUACUACCCUCCACCUGCACUUAUGGAGCUGUUCUCUGGACUACAGGCCUCUGUAUUUGCCUUUGAGGUCUCUCCUCACUGUGGAGACCUUCAGUAUCUCCAGCAGUGUAUCACUAGAUCACUCAUCCUCCUCUCUCAGAAUCAUUCUAGAUGAAGCAGCACUGUUUCUGUCUGACAAGAGCAACGCUGUGUCUGUCAACCUGGCUCGAGACUAUGUGCAGGUGGUGGACAUGGGGACUUUGGAGCUCAGAAUCACAGCAGUCAAACCCAGCACAGAUGGGGAGAGGACGGAACCAAGGUUUGAGCUGCGCUGCUCAAGUGAUGUCAUUCAUAUUCGCACCUGCUCAGACUCCUGUGCUGCACUCAUGAACCUAAUUCAGUAUGUCGCCAGCUAUGGAGACUUGCUGCCUCCUUCCAGACAAGAAAGCAAGGGCAGCAGCACCAAGCAGAGGGCAAAGCCAGAUGUAUUGAGUCAGCCUCCAUCUCAGGCCCCUGUGCUUCCUGAGGCUGAGCAGCAGAUGCUGCAGGACCUGAUGAGUGAUGCCAUGGAGGAGACAGACGUACUGCAGGGCAACCCUCUGCAGCCCAAUGGUGUCCAUGAGGAUCAGAUAAAUGACCAAGACCCGCCACACUCUGAUCUUUUCCUCUUUCCUGAUGAGAGUGGGAACAUGGGCCAGGAGCCUAGUCCCACCUACCCCACGCUGCACUCGCCCCUCAUUUCCCCUCCUGCACCCAGCAUACACCAUGACUCUGAUGACUUCUGCAUCCUGGACACUCCAGGCUCUAGAGCAGUGGAGAGGGAUGAAGAACCAGUGGUACAGAGGCUGACUACUGAGCCCAUUCUGGUACUGGAGAACCAUUUCAGUGAGCCUCUAGAGGGCAGCAGUAGCAGCAGAGGUCCAUUGCACUUCCCUGUGCCUGAGGUUAGGUACUUGGUUAAGGAGAUCUCUGUGGUCUGGCACCUGUAUGGUGGAAAGGACUUUGGCGGUGGGCCGCUCUCCUCCUCUCCAGCCCGCAGUCGAGGGUGCACUCCCCACAGUUCUCCCUCUCAUACACCAGUGAGGCAGGUCCGGAGCAGCUCCCGCUCUGGGGGAGGGUGGGGGAGGAACCCAGAUGUGCUGAUGGAGAUCCAGCUCAGCAAGGUACGGUUCCAACACGAGGUGUAUCCUCAAUUAGCUCCUGAGGCUGACUCACUGGCUGAGCAGCCGGUGUCCAGACAGGUGUUCUCAGUGCAGGACUUGGAGAUACGAGACAGACUGGCCUCCUCUAUGAUGAACAAAUUUCUCUACCUCUACUCCAGUAAAGAGAUGCCCAGGAAAGCCCACUCCAACAUGUUGAUGGUUAGAGCUCUGCACAUGUGUCCAGAGGCAGGUCAGGCUCCACAGGAGUGCUGCCUGCGUGUCUCCCUAAUGCCACUGCGACUCAACAUUGACCAGGAUGCUUUAUUCUUUCUAAAGGACUUCUUCACCAGUCUGGCUGCGGAAGUGGAGCUCUUUUCCCCACCAGAACACGAAGCACUCUGUGUAUCUGUGACAAAGCCUCCUGGGCCAGAAGUUGCAUGCACUUUCUCCAAGUAUAGUGGGGGAGCAGGUCAGGACCCUGCACCAAUUAUCUCUGUGCCUGCCCAAACCAGAACAGCUAGUCAGAAUGGCCUUGGAGCCUCAAGCCAUGAACAUGUGCCUGAGCCUGCUUCUACAUCCUUCACUGACCAGCCCAUCUUCUUCAGAGAGUUCAGAUUCACUUCUGAGGUACCGAUCCGACUGGAUUACCAUGGGAAGCACAUGGCAAUGGAGCAGGGUACUUUUGCGGGGAUUGUAAUUGGGCUGACGCAGCUGAACUGCUCUGAGCUUAAGCUGCGGCGACUUUGCUACAGACAAGGAUUGCUGGGUGUGGACAAGCUCUUUUCUUAUGCUAUUAAUGAAUGGCUGAAUGACAUAAAGAAGAAUCAGUUGCCAGGGCUGCUUGGGGGAGUCGGGCCCAUACACUCUGUGGUGCAGCUUGUCCAGGGCUUUAGGGAUCUAGUGUGGCUGCCUAUAGAGCAGUAUCGGAAGGAUGGGCGAAUUGUGCGAGGCUUCCAGCGGGGCACUGCCUCAUUUGGUACGUCCACGGCCAUGGCAGCCCUGGAGCUCACCAAUCGCAUGGUGCGGACUAUCCAGGCAGCCGCAGAAACAGCCUAUGAUAUGGUGUCGCCAGUGCCAGAUGAAAGAGAAUGUAAAAAGAUCAAACGAUAUUCACAUUAUCGACUGGCUCAUCAACCUGUGGACCUAAGAGAAGGUGUGGCCAAGGCUUACACGGUAGUAAAAGAGGGCAUUACAGACACGGCUUUGACGAUUUACGACACAGCCACUCGUGAACACGAGCAGAGGGGCAUGACCGGCGCAGUGGGUGGAGUCCUACGUCAGCUUCCUCCUGCUGUUGUUAAACCUCUGAUUGUUGCUACAGAAGCCACCUCUAACGUGCUGGGAGGCAUGAUUAACCAGAUUCACCCAGAUGCUCGCCAGGAGGAAUCACAGAAAUGGCGUCUGGGAGAGGAAUAAGCAGAGUUGUUGCGCUCUGCUGAAUUGCUGAUCAGACACUACACAUGAUUGGCACAUUCUCACUUACUGUCCUCAGCAGCUGACCCAUAGUCGGUGUCCCCAUUAUGCUGCUUAUGGUUUUAUUUAUGGCCAUGGUGGUGUCCAACUGGCAGACUUGCUCUACAGAGUUCAUGGUAGCAAAGCUUCAAACCAGCUGCUAAAGGCAGGUUAUCACUGGAGUUAAUACUUUUAUUUAUUGGCAGUGCUUGUCCUUGAAAUCUAACUGGAGUUGCCUAAUAUUAAAUCUCAACCCUGCAAGCAUUGGAGCCAAACACUAUUGUCAGUACUGGAGUAGAUGAAUCUAAUUUGUCUGAAACCUUUUUUUUUUUUUUUUUUUUUUUUAGCCAUGGUGAGAGUAAACUUAUGUAGUCUGGCUUUUCUCACGCCACCAACAGACAUCCUUGUAGUGCCUUCAUAGGAUUAUUAUAAAAUGUUCAUUCAUGUGUGCUCCAGACUUUCCAUCAAAGUGAUGUCUUGUUUUAAGCAAGACUACUGUGCCAUUUUAUUCCAUUCCCCAUGGUGAAGUAGUGUGUUGUUAGUUUCCAGUGCAGGGGUCUAGGUCAUGGUUGGGCACUCAAGAGUUAUAAUGAUCCUAACAGUACGGUGGUUUGCAAACUGGAGCCAGACCUGUUGAAAAGGUGGUUUGCUGUUUGAUAAAUAGCUUUAUAUACUGAGAGUAAGGGAUUAAUACACAGAUUAAUCAAUUUUAUAGAUUAAAUAGAAGAUUAGGAAAAAGUCACCCUGUAGCAUCUCCUCUCCUUUCAAGCCAUGAUUAAUCAAUAAGUUAAAAAUUUCCCAUUGUUUCAUUAGAACCACACUUUCAGCUGUAUGCGAUCAAUCUGUACCAAAACUGUUCAGCCAUUCUUACAACUAAGAUUGUUCUUCUUCACCAUUGUUUUAAAAAAAAUACUUAAGCAUGUAAAGUUUCUUAUUUCAGUGGUCACUUGCACUUUUACUUCAUCAUACCUGCAAAGAUUAAGGUAAUGUUUUUGGUGCACUUCUUUUCUGCACUUUUUGAUUCGUACAUGUCUGCUUAUGUGACAUUCCCUAAGCAGCUGUAUCACAUAAUGAAUCUUGAGGAAUAAUAGUGACAUUCUGUGUAAAUUUCCACACAUAAGUUGUUAAGAAAUUGAACUCCCUCAUCCAUACACAUAUCAAAUAUCUUUAACAUGAACAUAUUGUACAGACUGUGCAAUAGUGAAUUAUACAUGUGAUGUCUCAGAUUUCUUUUUUUACAAUGUUCUGUAAGACAAUACUAAUUUAAACACUUGGGAAACUGACAGGUGCAACUCAUUUGCUUUGCAGUUCAGUGAUCUGCACCUGCUCAACUCCCUCACUAGUACUUUUAUUUUUGUUGUAGGUGUUUCCCAUUAAAUGGUAGUUAACGGUCCUUGUACAAAAAUGUAAAAUUAAUAUUCGCAGUUUAUAUGAAAGCAUGUGUUAUUGAAAGAAGGGAAAUAAACUAUUUAAUGUCAAUAAAUUACUUUUGAUGUA